GAGACGCAAGAGAGAGAGACGCAAGAGAGUGGCCACACUGUUGUCGGAGCUCUGUCGAGAUCAUCAUCUAAAUCCUAUUUUUCUACUAUCUUGUUCCUAUCUAUAUAAUAUAACUCACUAGUUCAUCUUAGGAAUACCUUACCGUGACGAUUAUUCAACAGUAUCAGUAACUGAAACGAUUUAUCGCUGGUAAACACCCAGUAUUAGCAUAUAGCCCGCUAGCGUAAACAAACGGGGAAACGCUGCUCCGUGCAUUGGAGCUCCGUCGAGGUCAUCAUCUAAAUCCUAUUUUCUUACUAUCUCGUUCCUAUCUAUAUAAUAUAACGUACAAAUUUAUCUUAGGAAUACUUUACCGUGACGAUUAUUGAACAGUAUUAAUAAGUAAAACGAUCUAUCACUAGUAAACACCUAGUGUUAGCAUAUAGCCCGCUAGCACUCGCUCACUGUUUGUUUACUGUAAAUCUGCCUUCCUUUUCGAUCUAUUGGUGGACACAUCCGAUGUAUGUUUUUCAGACCUUUCCUCACCAGAGCGGGAAGCUGUGGAGGAGUUGUUGCCCGGCAUUCGCACCAGACGGUACAGCUUGCCACACAUCACCCUGGCUCCAGGCACCCGGAGACGACCAAGGCAUGCAACGAGCGAGCACCCAUCUCGAUGCAGCUUCACGGACCGCGUUCGGGCGAACGGAGACGCUAUCGCACAGCAUGAAAACGGUAAGACUCCGCUUGUCAUUGUAACCUGCACUACUUGCCACAUGUACAGUUUAGCUUCUUCCGUCAGCACAGAGGGGUUUACAUGUGUUAAAUGUAUUGAAGUAGUAAGGCUAACGGAGAAGGUUGCAGAACUAGAAGCGCACAUCCGAACGCUCGUUGAGGACGGUAAAACCGCUAAUGUUAAUGUUUCAAACACUGUUUCGGGUGCGCCUACGGUAACGCGUAGUACACAUAGCUCGGUUUCGGCAACUGAGUUAACACGGCCGACUAACUGGGUGACUAUCAGGCGGCGUAGUCAUAUUCGAUGCCCAUCGAAGUCCCCCCUAGUAAUUUCUAACAGAUUCGACAUCCUAAGCAAUACACCGGCUGAGACAUCUGUUAAAGGUGCCCUUGUUAUUGGAGACUCGAUACUAAAGAACGUGAACAUUGAGGCACCAGCCACCAUAGUUGACUGUAUACCGGGAGCCAGAUCGUCAGACAUUAGAUCCAAACUUAAAAUGCUGGCUAAUGCUAAGCGUAAGUUUUCAAAAAUUGUUAUUCAUGCCGGCGCAAAUGACACCAGACUCCGCCAGUCGGAGAUCACAAAAGAAACUAUUAAAGAGGUGUGUGAAAUUGCAAAAAAAAUGUCAGAUAAUGUAAUAUGCUCUGGUCCCCUCCCCGCCUACCGGGGUGAUGAAACUUAUAGCAGAUUAGUGUCUCUUCACCACUGGAUGUCAAAAUGGUGCCCUCAGCAUAACGUAGUGUUUAUAGACAAUUGGAAGCACUUCAGGGGGAGACCUGACCUGCUAAAGAGAGAUGGCCUUCAUCCGUCAUCGGAAGGAAAUGCUAUACUCUCUAGAAAUCUGACCAAUACUCUUAAUUCUAAUACAGUCUGACUACCCAGGGCCCAGGUCAGGAAACAGAUAGAUCGGCCUACCCGUCCAUCUGUUAGCUGCUCUGACAUGUCAAGAUCACAUAUAUCGCAGAACUUAGAGUCUAUCUUACCAGAGUAUCAACACAUUUCAACUGUGUGCGUU